AUGGCUUCCAUCAACACUCUACCACCUCCUACCAGCUCACUCAAGCGCAAAUUGAACGAUCCCACCACUUCAUUUACACGAACUGCAAGCAAGAAAGCUGCCAAACAUAGCGAGGUCGACUCACCUAGAGGCACUCCCAAUACCAGCUCACCUAACGGCUCAAAGACCGCAUUUGUACAGGAUGAGCCUGAGGAAGAGCAGGUGGCAGGACCAGCACUUCCGCCAGAAGACGACAUUGACGAGGAAGUAGAGGACGAUGAAGAAGGACGCUUUUUUGGUGGUGGUGUUUCCAAGAAAGAAAACGACGUGCUAGAUUACAUUGAACAAAAUGAGGACGACGACGUUGAGGAGGAGAUCAAUUUGGUCUGGCUGAAACGUACGGCCCUCAACUUCGAGCGCAAGACUAACAAGAACGCCGAGUUGCGCGCGAAAUACGAGGACGAUCCUACCAAGUUCAUGUCGAGUGAAGCCGAUCUUGACUCGGAAAUUAAGAGCCUCUCCUUACUUUCCGAGCACUCUGACCUGUACAAGGACUUUGUGAGAUCUGGUUGUAGUGACAGUCUCGUUGGCUUGCUAGCUCAUGACAACACCGACAUUGCCAUUGCAGCUACAGAGGUUAUCGCAGACUUGAUUGACGAGGACUCUGGUGCAUCAGCAGACGACUGGUCCGUGCUUGUGAAGAGCAUGCUCAAGGCGGACCUUAUAGGUUUGUUAGUCAGCAAUCUUAAUCGUCUCGACGAAAAAACUGAGAGUGACAAUGCAGGAGUCUAUCAUGUGCUGAGUGUCAUCGAGUCUCUCUUGUCCGAUACUGCAAAUGCCGAGAAAAUCGGAGCGAAUGCAAAGUUUCUUAAGUGGCUACUACAACGCAUUAAGCAAUCUGAUGAGUCUGCGUCCAACAAAGUGGGUCAGAAUCGCCAGUAUGCCGCCGAGAUUCUGGUCAUUCUUGCACAAACAGAUGUAAAAAACAUUGAACGGCUCGUCAAGCUGGAUGCGGUCGACACAAUUCUUGAGCUGCUGAGUGCGUGGAGAAGUCGUGACCCGGAAAAGGAUUCUGAUGAAGAGGAAUUCGCAGGCAACCUAUUCGAUUGUCUCGUCACCCUUGUCAAACACGCCUCAGGUCGUGAUGAAUUCAUCCAAAAAGAGGGCAUGGAGCUUUGCCUGAUCAUGCUGAAAGACGGUAAGUUCUCCAAGCAUGGAGCUCUAAGAGUGCUUGACCAUGCAGCGGAUGGGUUCAGUGGGGGACCAGUGUACGAGCGACUAGUGGACGCUGGUGGUCUCAAGCAGGUAUUCACAGCACUGAUGAAAAGCAAGAAGCUUGAGCGGGAAUCAAUAGAGCAUCUCAUUGGCAUACUAUCCUCGCUACUGCGCUUGUUACCCCCAGGUUCUGCUUCACGCAUCCGACUCCUUGCUAAGUUUGUUGAGAAAGACUAUGAGAAGUGCAAUAGACUUCUAGAACUGCGCAAGGGAUACUCGGACAGACUAGCCGCAGCCGAAGAACAAAUUGAGCAGGAAAAGAAAAGUCUUUCGCCUGAAGAUGUGGAGGAUACUGAAAAUGAAUACUUGUCUCGAAGGAUGGAUGCUGGGCUCUUUCCGUUGCAGACACUAGACAUAAUCCUUGCGUGGCUGAUAGCAGAAGACGAUGGCGCUAGGAAGUACAUAUUAGCGAGCAUUUCGAAGGACACAGGUGGAAUGGCCAAGCUUCGAGCGAUCACGAUGGCGGAGUAUGAUGUAGAUGGUGUAUACGGAGACGGCGAAGUUGCUGAAUAUAGCGACGAUCAGACAUUGAGCGAGGAGGAUUGCUGGGAAGUAGUCACCUCCUUCUUCCACCAAAAAAAUCUUUGCGCAUUACAAAUCGACUCUUUCAACGACUUCCUUACUGUCAGCAUCCAGGACCUUUUUAAUGAGAAAGGCAGAAUCACUGUGGAUCAGACAGAAAACAUCGCUGACGAAGACGAUCCCAAUCCUGUAGUCAUCAAGCGACAUGAAAUCAUAUUCGGUGGUGUCACUAUCUCGAGACCAAGCUACACUGAGGGUGAUGGCGAAAUUAGUAACAUGAUGCCUCACGAGGCGAGAUUAAGGAGUCUUACAUAUGCUGCUCCUAUCUUCUGUACCAUGGAACGAAAGACCCAUUUAGCAAAAGCGAAGCCGUGGGAUGUGCAAUCAAUCGAUGACAGCAGCAUGGACGAUUCAGGUCAGGUCCUGUACUGGAGAGAGAGCAGGGAAGAGGGGGCUCACGAACCCAGUCAAGAUAUCUUCGUUGGUAAUGUCCCAAUCAUGGUCAAGAGCUCUGCAUGCCAUUUGGUCCAGCCCGAUAUGUUUCCUACAGAGGACGAGCUCUUUGCUUGGGGUGAAUGUCCUUACGACCAAGGUGGCUACUUCAUCAUUAAUGGAUCCGAGAAGGUUUUGAUUGCGCAGGAAAGAAGCGCUGGCAACAUUGUCCAGGUCUUCCAGAAACCAUCAACUUCAGCCUUCACUCAUCUCGCUGAAAUUCGAAGCGUCAUCGACAAAGGAAAUAGGAUAAUGUCGCAGUGUACUGUGAAGUUGUUCCGCAAAGGUGACGGUCCUGACGGCACCAAGAUCGAUGGUCCUAUCAGAGUGCAACUUCCCUACGUAAAAGAGGACAUUCCACUUACCAUCGUCUUCCGUGCUUUGGACGUCAUGUCCGAUCAAGAUAUCCUCGAGAAGAUAUGCUUCGAUCACAGAGAUAAAGAGAUGGUUGACAAGCUUAUGGGCUCAAUUCAGGAAGGUCAGGUCAUUCAGAGUGCCGACGUCGCACGCGACUACAUUGCUAAGCGAAGCAACAACAGCGGACUACGUUCCUCGGAUCGUCAAAAGGUAGCCAUCGAUAUCUUAACCAAGGAAUUCUUGCCUCAUAUCGGCCAGACUGCGGAUGCAACCACACGAAAAGCCUUCUUUCUGGGUUACAUGGUCUCGCGUAUGCUCAAGUGUGCUUUGAACCGAACCGAGCCAGAUGACCGUGAUCAUCUAGGCAAGAAACGAAUCGAUCUUCCUGGUCCUCUUAUGACGACCUUGUAUCGCCAACAGCUUGACAAGGCUUGCAAGGAUCUUCAGAGGUAUAUGGAGAAGAAGGUUCAGGAUGGUCAUCCUAUCAGUCUCAAAGCAGGUUUCAAGCCAGCUAUCCUCACAAAUGGGCUCAAAUAUUCUCUCGCUACAGGCAAUUGGGGUGAUCAAAAGAGACUUGACAAAGCUAAAGCUGGUGUGUCGCAAGUCUUGAGUAGAUAUACCUUUGCUGCCACUCUUUCGCACAUGCGAAGGACCAACGCUCCUAUCGGCCGCGAAGGCAAAAUCGCAAAACCACGUCAACUGCACAACACUCACUGGGGUUACGUCUGUCCAGCUGAGACUCCUGAAGGCCAAGCUUGUGGUCUAGUCAAGAAUGUGGCUUUGAUGUCGCUAGUCUCUUCCGGCCGAGCCAAUGGUCCCGCACUUGAAGCCUGGAUCUUCGACCACAGCACAGGCCCGACCGCGCUUGAAGAAUGGGAACCUCGUAUUUACCCCGACGUGACCAAAAUAUUCGUGAACGGUGUUUGGUUUGCUGUCGUUACAGGUGAUCCAACGCCACUCGUGAACACAAUGAAAAGACUUCGACGUAAUGGAACGCUGGAGUGGGAUUACAGUCUGGUAUGGGACAUUCGUGAGAAGGAGUUUCGCCUGAGUGGUGAUGUUGGGAGACUCUGCAGACCCUUGUUCACAAUCGAGACGGCCCAUGAAGGGAAUACUGGUAAGCUUAUAGUCACCCGCAAAGACGUGGACGCAAUCAAGGCCGACAAUUGGUUGAUCGAGAAUCCUUUGGAAGCCCGGCGCGAAAACCAACCACCCUUCAACUGGUUUCACUUGGUGGCGAAGGGUGCCAUAGAAUACCUGGAUGCCGAGGAGGAAGAGCAAGCUAUGAUCGUGAUGACUCCUGAGAACCUAGCAGACGCUGCCGCCCGAGCAGAGGGUUAUAUCAUCGAGCAGGAUAACGAUCCUUUGCGCCGGAACGAGGUUCCUCUUGCACCAAGUGCAAAGAUAUUCACUCACUGUGAAAUUCAUCCGAGCAUGAUUCUUGGUGUUUGUGCCAGUAUCAUACCUUUCCCCGAUCACAACCAGUCGCCUCGUAAUACCUAUCAGUCAGCCAUGGGCAAGCAAGCAAUGGGCAUUUUCCUCACCAAUUUCGACCAGCGCAUGGAGACCAUGGCCAACAUUCUCUAUUAUCCUCAAAAACCGCUAGCAAGAACCCAGGCUAUGAACUAUCUCAAAUUCAGAGAACUGCCUGCCGGUCAAAACGCUAUUGUCGCCAUUGCUUGCUAUUCAGGCUACAACCAAGAAGAUUCGGUAAUUAUGAACCAGAGCUCGAUUGAUCGCGGUCUAUUCAGAUCCUUGUUCUACCGUGUAUACCAAGAACAGGAGAAGUCUGUCGGGCAAAAUGUAUUCGAGAAGUUCGAGAAGCCUACAAGACAAGACACACUGCGACUUAAGCACGGCACCUAUGACAAGCUCGACGAAGAUGGCAUUAUCUCUCCAGGCGUUCGAGUAGUUGGCGAAGACAUCAUCAUGGGUAAGACUGCACCAAUGGCACCAGAUGCUGAAGAGCUCGGUCAGCGACAGAAGACUCACGUCAAGCGUGAUGUCUCCAUACCACUUAGGUCUACAGAGUCUGGCGUGGUCGAUGCUGUUAUGCUCACACAGAAUGCCGACCUCCAGAAAUUUGUGAAGGUUCGCGUUCGAAACACCAAAGUUCCCCAGAUCGGAGACAAGUUCGCCUCGCGACACGGUCAAAAAGGUACUAUCGGUAUUACCUAUCGUCAGGAAGAUAUGCCAUUCUCGCGCAAUGGUAUUACCCCUGAUAUCAUCAUUAAUCCUCAUGCCAUUCCUUCUCGAAUGACUAUUGCUCAUCUGAUCGAAUGUCUUUUGUCAAAAGUAGCUAGCUUGAAGGGCGAAGAAGGCGACGCUACGCCCUUUACCAGCGUCACUGUAACUCAGAUAUCGGAACUUCUACGAUCCAUGGGAUACCACAGUCGUGGCUUCGAAGUCAUGUACAACGGACACACUGGACGCAAGUUGGUUGCUCAAGUCUUCUUUGGCCCUACUUACUACCAGCGUCUGCGCCACAUGGUCGACGACAAGAUUCACUCCCGAGCUCGAGGACCCACUCAAAUUCUUACUCGACAGCCUAUGGAGGGUCGAGCACGAGACGGUGGUCUUCGUUUCGGAGAAAUGGAGCGUGAUUGCAUGAUCGCACACGGUGCCAGUUCGUUCAUGAAAGAGAGACUCUUCGAUGUGUCCGAUCCUUUCAGAGUCCACGUCUGCGAUAUCUGCGGCCUGAUGACUGUGAUCGCAAAAUUGAAGAAGAACACCUUUGAAUGCAAGAAUUGUAACAACAAGAACAAGAUCUCGCAGGUUUAUUUGCCAUAUGCAGCCAAGUUGCUAUUCCAGGAAUUAUGGAGUAUGAACAUCGCGGCUCGAUUGUAUACUAAGAAGUCUUGA